AAGAAGAAGACGAAGAAGAAGUAGAAAAAAGCAACAUAUGAUGACGUCGUCAUAAAGCGCCCUCCAGCUAGCUACAUUAGCUCACGCCUCGGAGGGGAGAGUAUUGACACCUCCACGCCUCAGGCCGGUGGCUGUUUCAUCUCGUUAGAUGGUCCACCGACCGCCCCGGUGCCGAGGAGUCGUUUGCUUCAGCCUCAACCGGCAGUCGUCAUGGCGGAGGAGGAGGAUCUGUCGCUCAGUCUGCUGACAGACGGGACGAAACGCAGCAAUGGCGACUUCGUACCGCCGGACGGCUUGUGCUGGGUGUCGGUGCUGUCCUGUCUGCUGCUGGCGUGCUCUUAUGUCGGGAGCUUGUACGUGUGGAGGAGUGACUUGCCGAGGGAUCACCCCACCGUGAUAAAGAGACGCUUCACCAGUGUGCUCAUCGUUUCGGGCCUGUCGCCUCUCUUCGUGUUUGCAUGGAGGGAAUUCACCGACGUCAGGACUGGCCCAUCGUUACUGGCUCUCAUGGGGAUCCGAUUUGAAGGCCUCAUUCCGGCAAUCCUCCUUCCUCUGAUGCUCACCAUGGUCCUGUUUCUGGGCCCCCUUAUGCAAUUAGCUAUGGACUGUCCCUGGAGCUUCAUGGAUGGGAUCCGGGUGGCCUUGGACCCGUGGUUCUGGAUGCUGUGCCUCAGCGACAUGCGCUGGCUGAGGAAUCAGGUGGUGGCGCCGCUGACUGAGGAGCUGGUGUUCAGGGCCUGCAUGCUGCCCAUGUUGGUGCCGUGUGCCGGUCCUCUCGCCGCCAUCUUCACCUGCCCGCUCUUCUUUGGAGUGGCUCACUUCCACCACGUGAUCGAGCUGCUGAGGUUCAGACAGGGGACGCUGUCUGGGAUCUUCCUCUCCGCAGUGUUCCAGUUCUCCUACACCGCGGUGUUUGGGGCCUACACUGCCUUCCUCUUCAUCCGAACAGGUCACCUGAUAGGUCCAGUGCUCUGCCACUCCUUCUGUAACUACAUGGGUUUCCCAGCCGUCAGCACGGCGAUGGAGCACCCCCACCGCGUCGGCGUCCUCUCCUCCUACCUGAUGGGGGUCCUCCUCUUCCUGCUCUUCCUCUUCCCCUUCACCGACCCCUCCUACUACGGCCUCCCCACACCAGUGUGCACCCUCACCCCCUCCCCCAGCUCUCUCUGCCGCUCCUGACCCACCCUCACCCCCUCCCACUUCUCUGCUAUUGUCUUGUCAUGUUUUUCUUCUUCUUUAUGCCAAGUUUAAGAGUUCAGGUGAAGUCCAGUUUGGGCCGACAGCGCUAACAGCCAUUUGGACUAAGUUGCCGCGUUCUGCGGUCUAUGAAGCUCUCAGUUUGAGAACGUACCUUGUUGGUGUACUCAUGUUCCACUCUGUCUAACUCCACCUUUUUUUUAAAGGAUAGUUUUAGUUUAUUUCUGUAAUGUGAGCAUCCGCGUCUAUCAGUAAGUAUACAAUAAGCAGAGAUCUGUCACAAAGAAGUCCAUUUGGACAGUUUCAACUUUAAACCGCUGUAUUGCAUCAGGGCUGCAACAGCUGAUUGUGUUUUUCAUUAAUUGAUUAAUCCAAUGGUCACGUCUUUAAGAAUGCCCGUCACACUGACAGGAUACAUGCUCAACGCUGAAUGUCAAACAUUGACCAAGACAUCACUUUUUAAAUGGUAACAUCUUGGCCAAAAGAAACCAUUGUUGGGUGGGCUCUGGUACUCGGGCACAUUUCAGGUGUGCUCUCUUUUAGAUUGCCCUCCAACAAAGUGCAUUAGGUAAUCUGGAUAAACAUCCAUGUCCACUCCUCUCAUCCAAUCGAAACGAUGGCUAAAUCUAUACAAAUAAGACCUGAGCUGUAGUGUUCUGCUCCAGGUCUCAUUGGGGUUUCGGGUCGGGUUGGGCUCAUUUAGUUGCGAGAGGCUUGGGUUCAGGUUUGUGACGGUAAGAGGCGGGACUAGUUGGGUUCAGCUGAAUCUCAAAGAAGCGGGUUAAGGUUUCUAUUGUGUUCUUAUAGGCUAGAAUGAUUCUUUGUUGCCUUUGAGCAUCUCUGGAGUGACGCAUGGAAAUCAUUGAAGUGGGUUGUUGGAGAAAUCCCUUUUUCUUAUGGCUGCAGUGCAUUGUGGUCCAUGGAGGCUCACAAACCCCCGGCUGUAGUGGGACACUUUGGUGGGGAUGUUGAAAUGUGCACCAUCACCUACAACGUUGUUUUUAACUGCGACAUUUCUUCUGGAUUUCUUCUCUGCGUGAAGUCGGACACCACGACUCUGCUGAUGUCGAGGAACGUUCUGCUGGACGCGGUCAGUGUUUUAUACAAUGUAUUAAGUUUUAUAUAUAUCUAUCUCUCUAUCUACCUUCUGUAUGUUUCAUGGCUGGUUAUCUGGGUAUUGGUAUGUUUUAAAAGGGGGUCGUUGUUCAUUAUUGCUGAAACAUACUGCGUGUUAGUUUGUUUUUAAGGACGUAAAAGACGGCCUUUCCCAGUCUGGGUGCUGCUUGGGUCUGCUGGUGUCCUUGAAGGACCGCAGGGACCAUGUGCAUAGUGUAAUCUCCAGCUUUGGGAUUUUUAUGCAACAUAUUUUCUGACACUGCAGCUCCCAAAUUUGAGUUUGUGUAGCCCGAAACGUUUGUGUCAUCACAGAGUAUGUUUUGGUCUUUGAGAUUAUUAGUUGUCAAAUAUUUAAAGAUCUUUUCCUGUGAGGUCCUACAAUUGGUUCAGUUUUGAAGGAGAACGCAGCCGCCACUAAACGGGCUGUAAUGUAAUCCUUCGCUCGAAGAAGUCUCAUUCGGAAAUCUCGUGAGGCGACUUGUUGCCGGAAGACAACGUCAGAAACGUGAGUGACAGUUGUCAGACUGUUAUCUAAAAUGUUUUUUAAUGUCACAGCUGAAUAUUUAGCUGGCGAGAUAUGCGAAGAAGACUUCUUCGAGCGAGACGUGGUCAGACAAUAACAGACUGGAUUGAGUCAUUUUUAUACACGUAUAAUUAUUAUACGUGUAUAAAAAUAACCUUAGCGUAGCCAAUAUGGUUACUUACAGUCCAGGCUGAAAAAAUAAAUAAUUCUGCUUCACCAUAACUCAGCAAUAGCUCGUCAUAAGAUGUCAUAACCGGCAAAACAAAACCAAAAAACGAGAUUUAAGAAAGAAAAAGUUUUGUUGGGGACUGUUAUUGUGCACUAGACCUCUAGACGACUGCGGUCGGUAAUAUUCUCGUCCUCUAUGUGGGACAUCAAGGUCGCAUCACUGGGUUUUGUUUUCUUCCUGUUUUUUGAUAUAUGAAUGUUAUUUGAUUAAGGUGUCAAACUAGAAGAUGAUUCCUCAUCUGACUCGCUGACCUCUCGCUCCACUGGUGAGAAGUGUGUAUGCUGCUCCCUGCUUCUGAGAGCGAGUGCUGAUACUGUGAAGAAGAAGAAGAAGUGGGCUGCUUUGGGUCUUCAGCAAUACAUCCUCAAUAUUGGACCCAUUUCAUGUGACAGAGUAAAGCGGUAGACUGUCAUAUUCUCAUAUGUAUGUUACUUAUUCCUGGCAGGUCAUUUAUUGGCAUGUAGAAAACUAUUGUGACGUGAGUUGAACCUCCCUGUAGCUGCCAGCAGAGGGCGCCUGAGGCGGCUGCUGAGGGGAACUCUGCGUUUAUCGGCCUGUCUGACAUCAGUCAUCCGUCAUUGGGGAAACCAAUCCGCUCUAACUUAUUUUCACUGCAGCUUCAACACAAUUAUGUAGAGGAGAUCGAUGCAGAGAGGAGGAACCCUGUGGGGAGAAUCUCACUGCUGCUCGAUCCGGUUCCCAAACCCUUGUUCUGCCUCCCACAUUGUGCUGGACUCCUUUUCUCAACUUUACAAAUGAGCUGUGCAACAAUGGAAGAACAGCUUCGCCCCAAGAUGAAACUUCAUUCACGUACGAAUGGAUCAUCUUGAGGUGCUGGCUGAACCAGUUUGUGACUUGACGGUUUCCUGUUCUUCUUUGUGUUUUUUUUACAUUAAAUUGGACUAUAUUGAAAUGAUAA